AUGGCUGUCGCGCAACCUGCCGGAAAUUCUGGCAAUGCUGCCUUCAAGGAUAAAGAGAAGCCGAUGGCCGUAAGAACGGCGAAUAUUGUUGCUGCAAGAGCUGUUUCCGAUGCCAUCAGAACUUCCUUGGGACCUCGUGGGAUGGAUAAGAUGAUACAGACGGGCAAGGGAGAGACCAUAAUUACAAACGAUGGAAAUACUAUGCUCAAGAGUAUGGCUGUCAUGCAUCCCUCUGCUAAGAUGCUCGUCGACCUAUCAGCAGCACAAGAUGUCGAGGCAGGAGAUGGAACUACUUCAGUUGUAGUGAUUGCAGGAAGUUUAUUAGGGGCUGCAGAUCGACUACUUGGAAAGGGGAUACAUCCCUCAGUCAUUGCCGAGUCCUUCCAGAGAGCAGCAGCAGCAGCUGUCAAGGUCCUCCAUAACAUGUCACAACCUGUCUCCCUCACCGACACAACUACUCUCCUCCAAGCCGCAACUACAUCUCUUUCCUCUAAGAUCGUUUCACAACAUUCAAAUCUCCUUGCUCCUAUGGCAGUCAAUGCUGUCACAAAGACAAUCGACAUCAAGACCGCAGAAAACGUGGACCUGAAGAACAUCAGAAUAUUAAAGAAAGUCGGAGGCACCAUUGAAGAUAGUGAGAUGGUAGAGGGUCUGGUGUUGUCACAGGGGGUUGUUAAGAGCGGUGGCGGCCCAGUUAGAAUGGAGAAGGCCAGAAUAGGACUCAUCCAAUUCCAACUCUCGCCUCCCAAGCCAGACAUGGAAAACCAAAUUGUGGUGAAUGAUUACCGUCAAAUGGACAAGAUCCUCAAAGAAGAACGAACCUACCUCUUAAACAUGGUGAAGAAAAUCAAGAAAGCAAAAUGUAAUGUUUUGUUCAUCCAAAAGUCCAUCCUCCGCGAUGCAGUCAACGACCUUUCCCUACACUUCCUCGCCAAACUCAACAUUCUAUGCGUCAAAGACAUCGAAAGAGACGAGGUCGAAUUCAUCUGCAAAUCGACCGGCUGCAAACCAAUUGCGGAUAUCGAUUCCUUCACAGAGGACAAGCUCGGAAGCGCAGACCUUAUUGAAGAGUCCCAGAGUUCAGGUAGCAGGGUUGUGAAGGUCACUGGCACCAAGAGCGCAGGCAAGACGGUCUCCAUCGUCUGCCGAGGCGCCAACGCCCUCAUCCUCGAUGAGGCGGAGCGCUCCCUCCACGAUGCCCUCUGUGUCAUCCGCUGCCUUGUGAAGAAGAAGGCUCUGAUUGCCGGUGGUGGAGCGCCCGAGAUCGAGAUCGCAUCCCAGCUGAGCAAACAAUCAAGAGGCCUGACAGGCACGGAAGCUAUCUGCUGGAAGGCGUUUGCGGACGCCAUGGAAGUCAUCCCUACGACCCUGGCCGAGAAUGCCGGCUUGAACGCCAUCAAGGUCGUCACGGAAUUGAGACAUAAGCACGAGUUCGGCGAGAAGAACGCAGGUGUCAGUAUCAAGAGCGGCGGUGUCAAGGUCGAUAUCGCGGAUGAGAAUGUCCUCCAGCCCCUGCUGGUGAGCACGAGUGCGGUGGAGUUGGCCGCUGAGACAGUGAAGAUGAUCUUGCGUAUAGAUGACAUUGCAUUAUCAAGAUAA